AUGGUGCUCCCAAAUGUUGUAAAUGUCAGCAAGCAAGCAAACAGGGAUAAAUGGAGGAAAUGUAUUUCUUUUGCAGCAUCCCCGUCUUUGCCACCGUUGGGUGAAACAGCGUGGGACAGAGAUCAUGAUCGUGAUCGAAGCCGGGAGAGGAACCGGGAGCGGGUGCGGGAAAGGAGCGGCGAGAACGAGAGGGAACGUCAACAGGAAAGAGAGCCGCCGAUCAGGGAGAGGGAGGCGCGGGACCGAGAAAGGGAGCGCGAUCGCGACAGGCAAAGGGACAGGGAAAGGGAUCGGGAGAGGGACGUGUCGGUCUGCAUGAUGGAACCACCCGAGUCUGUCUUCAUCUCCCCUACUGCGGCCCUUCUCGCGUUGCAGAGGAUAAAGGACGCUUCUCUCGUGUUCCACAAACGUCCGGCGCUAGCAGCGGGUAUCGGUUUGGGCGGCAGAGGAAACGCCGGUGUUGGCGGAAAUGGUGGUAAUUUAGGUGUCGAUGGCGAAUGCGGCGACGCGCUGAAGAGACGCAAAGUUCACAGAUGCGACGUUGCUGGCUGCGACAAAGUUUACACAAAGAGCUCGCACCUAAAAGCGCACAAGAGGACUCAUACCGGCGAGAAGCCAUAUCAGUGCACGUGGGAAGGCUGCACGUGGAAAUUCGCACGAUCGGACGAGCUAACGCGGCACUAUCGCAAACACACGGGCCAAAAGCCGUUCAAGUGCCAUCUCUGUCAGCGAUCGUUUUCGCGGAGCGACCACUUGUCGCUCCACAUGAAGAGGCACUGA